AUGUCGUCGACUGGGUCAACCAACCACAACAAGCGUCUGACAUCGGAGACAGAAAACUCUCAGAGGGUGUUGGACAAUGAUUCCGCCCAGCACCUGAAGCUGAGGGAGAGACAGCGGUUUUUUGAAGAGGUCUACCAGCACGAUGUGGACAACUACCUGCCCUCUGCUCACCUGCAGAUCGACUGCAGAAAACCCCCCAUGGGAAGUAUAUCUUCUAUGGAGGUGAAUGUGGACGUCCUGGAGCAGAUGGACGUGAUGGACAUCUCUGACCAGGAGGCCCUCGACGUUUUCCUCAACUCAGGCUCAGGAACAGAUGAGGAAGCGCUGGCAUCUCCACUACCAGAGGGGGAGGACGAAGAAGAAGAAGAGGAGGAUGAAGAUGCAGAGGUUGUCUACAGGGAGCAUGCACCUUUGAAACGGCAAAAUGAAGUUGACUCAAAGUCUCGCAUGUCCUCCACAUCAUCUGGUUCCAGUGAUACCAGCGGGGGUGGAGUCGACACACCUGUGAUCCAGUCAGAUGAUGAAGAAGUCCAUGCCGACACUCUGCUGCUGACCUCUGUUCCCCAUACCAGGGAUGAAGAAACAGAGGAGGAAGAAGAGGAGGAAAGAUGCCUUGCAACUAAAUCUUCAUAA